AUGAUGAUCCAGUCGAACCAUUCUCAAUAUGUUGCGAACCCGGGUAUCAGUCUCAUCUCCUUGGAAGUUGCCUGUGAAACGUCUGCAAAAGCUAGUGGAAUUCCCGGCAGCACCGUGCAGUUCUUGAACCCAAACCAGAAGGACGACGUGCACAAUCUAGCCUUAUUAUUUGCCGACGUUUUCAUGGAGCGCGAGCCGGCCGUCCCAUGCCCUCACACCGGCAGAUGA